GGGUGUGUCGGCCUGCACCCUGGCCGGGCCUUUUUCUUCGGGCCGGACCACCCGGAUGGGUCUCUCCGGGCCCCGCCCCGUUUAGCCUGGCCCAGCUUGUCCAAGUCUCUGCAGGCAAGGGGCCGACUUCGGCCCUUUUUUUCUUUUCUUUUUAUCACCCGCCUGCGAAGGAUCUGGGGAUGGGCAGCGCUGCCCAGAUCGCUCCGGCGUCAGCAUGGGUGUCCACGAGGCCGGGCAACGCCCCAGAAUGGGAGACAAGCCGAUUUGGGAACAGAUUGGAUCCAGCUUCAUUCAGCAUUACUACCAGUUAUUUGAUAACGACAGAACCCAACUGGGUGCAAUUUAUAUUGACGCAUCAUGCCUUACGUGGGAAGGACAGCAGUUCCAGGGGAAAGCUGCCAUUGUGGAGAAGUUGUCUAGCCUUCCGUUCCAGAAAAUCCAGCACAGCAUCACGUCGCAGGACCAUCAGCCCACGCCAGAUAGCUGCAUCCUCAGCAUGGUUGUGGGCCAGCUGAAGGCCGAUGAAGACCCUAUCAUGGGCUUUCACCAGAUGUUCCUACUAAAGAACAUCAACGAUGCCUGGGUGUGCACCAACGACAUGUUCAGGCUGGCUCUGCACAACUUCGGCUGACCUCAUCCCAGCCAGGCACUCACGCUGUUUCCUCCUCCCUCCUCCUCGUCCUCCUCCUCCUCCCGAUACUAUUCACACUCCUCCAGAUGCUCCAAACAUCAUGCACCAGCUCGGCCGCAGUGGGAGGGGCGCAGUGCGCUGCUGCCACCCAGGUGCUGUGCAUGAUGUUUGGACACUAGCUAGUCGCAUCUGACAGAAGUUUGUGUUGUACCAGCGCAUGCCUUGGAAAGACUUAAGUAAUGCAAAAAGUUGUCCCUCUUUUUUUUUUCUUUUUAAAAAAAUCUACUGACAAGUUGCUCUAGUAACCCAAAGAAGUGAAGGAGAAAGCAGCUGCCUCACCACCCAGAUACUGAUUUGUUCAGAUGUUUCAAUGCCUCAUUAUACAAUAAAACCACAAAAAUUUUCUUAA